AUGCGCGCCACGGCGACGUGCGGUCGUGGGGGCGGGGGGACGCGGCGGCGGCGGCGGCUUUACCGGGUUGCGUCCCCUCCCUCCUCCGUUCCCCCCUCCUCCCCCUCCCUUCAGCUGUGGUUCCCGAGGAGUCCGAAUCGUGCGGAGAGGCGGCCGCAAGCUGCAGGAUCAACUCACUAUUUUGAAGGUCUAUUCUCCCAAGAAGAAGGGACAGAAAGAAAGAUCUCUUUGUAAGAAAGCCUUGGGUAGCCCAUGAACGAACCAGCAGAAAACCGAUUGGAGUGCAGCAGGACUCCAGAGCCAGAUAUAAGGCUCAGAAAAGGGCACCACGUUGAUGGUACAAGGGGAGGUGAAAAUGAAAACCAUCAAGGAGAUCUGGAGCCUAUUUUAGAGGCAUCUGUUUUUUCUUCCCAUCAUAAGAAAAGCUCUGAGGAGCAAGAGUGCAGCGAUGAAGCUUCUCAGGAAGAUGAGGGGUUUAUGGGCAUGUCUCCUCUCUUACAAGCCCAUCAUGCUAUGGAAAGAAUGGAAGAGUUUGUUUGUAAGGUCUGGGAAGGUCGGUGGCGAGUAAUCCCUCAUGAUGUACUACCAGACUGGCUCAAGGAUAACGACUUCCUUUUACAUGGACAUCGGCCUCCGAUGCCUUCUUUCCGGGCCUGUUUUAAGAGCAUUUUCAGAAUACACACGGAGACAGGCAACAUCUGGACACAUCUCUUAGGUUGUGUCUUUUUCCUGUGCCUGGGGAUCUUUUAUAUGUUUCGCCCAAACAUCUCUUUUGUGGCCCCUCUGCAAGAGAAGGUGGUCUUUGGAUUAUUUUUCUUAGGAGCCAUUCUCUGCCUUUCUUUUUCAUGGCUCUUCCACACAGUCUACUGCCACUCAGAAGGGGUUUCCCGGCUCUUCUCUAAACUUGAUUACUCUGGUAUUGCUCUUCUGAUUAUGGGAAGUUUUGUUCCUUGGCUUUAUUAUUCCUUCUACUGUAACCCACAACCUUGCUUCAUCUACUUGAUUGUCAUCUGUGUGCUGGGCAUUGCAGCCAUCAUAGUCUCCCAGUGGGACAUGUUUGCCACUCCUCAGUAUCGGGGAGUAAGAGCAGGAGUGUUUUUGGGCCUAGGCCUGAGUGGGAUCAUUCCUACCUUGCACUAUGUCAUCUCGGAGGGAUUCCUGAAGGCUGCCACCAUAGGGCAGAUUGGCUGGUUGAUGCUGAUGGCCAGCCUCUAUAUCACGGGAGCUGCCCUGUAUGCUGCCCGGAUCCCUGAACGUUUCUUUCCUGGCAAAUGUGACAUCUGGUUUCACUCUCAUCAGCUGUUUCAUAUCUUUGUGGUUGCUGGAGCUUUCGUUCACUUCCAUGGUGUCUCAAACCUGCAGGAGUUCCGUUUCAUGAUCGGCGGGGGCUGCAGUGAGGAGGAUGCACUGUGAUACCUACCAGGAGCCAGGGACUUGACCCUGAGUCUGAGCCUGCAGCACCUGCAGGCCUCCCUGCCGGCUACUCAUGCCAGUACCAGAGGGGUCCCAAAACUUUAACAGCCUCAACAGGCUUUGUGAUAGCCCAGGGGCUCCGCAUGGUACAUGACUGAGAAGAGAAAAACAAAAUAAAUCAUACCUCAAAGGAUGGAGUGCAUCAAUUUGGAGAAAAGGAGAAAUGGCCCAAAGCUUGACUUAUUCUUGGGAUCUCCUGACUGAGGGCUCUUGCAAGACCCUUGGCAAACUGGCUUCUGAUCCAUAUCAUAUUUAUUUGUAGAAGAUGGGAAACAGUUUAGUUGGUGGUUCUUUCUUCUCCCUUUCUCUCUCCUUAAAACAAUAAUACCAAUUGAGGUGGACGUUUAUAUCCAAUUAAGGGGUGGGAAUGUGAUUUUAGAUGUUUUUUUUUUUUGGGGGGGGGAGAACAAAGAAAUUGAUGUAAAUAAGAUUUCUAACUUACCAUUUAAAUAAGAAUUUAUAUAAAUGUUUAAAACAUAGGGGUAGGGGAGGGAGAGAGAAUUUUUGUAUAGAAUGAAACAUGCUAGUACCACAUACUGUUUCAAUUUUGCACAAAGUGACUGUAGGAGGAUCAGGUGAUGGCCCCAGAAUGUACAGUGUCUUAGUACAUCGAGGUGCCUUCUGAAGGCUGACAUAAUCUUGGACCCCAGUGGGGCAGAGAUUGUAGCCCCAGCCUAGUGAUCGCAUGGCCACUCUCAGGCCUGAGAGCCUCUGGGAGUCCUGAGGUAGAGGGAAAUGGUAUGUGUUCUCCAGGGGAAGCAGAACAUAAUAAGCACCUGGCAGGAUGUGUUAGAGGCUCUGGUUAAGGUGCCAUUUGAAGACUGACUCGUGGGCUGGUAGUGAUUCUCUCUAAGGAGUCGGCCGCCUGCUCCUACCAUCCAGGCUGGUAAAGGGUUGGUGGAGACAGUGAAGGAGCUCUGGAAACAUUAGCACCAGCUGAUCUGGUUACUUCCUGGUAUCCUGCUCAAUUCUAUGAGUAAUUCUUAUUAGAGAGGUGUGACAGUUUUCCAUAUCCUUGCUAUGGAUCUCUGGAAUAUCCCAUAAAUUUCUUUCUAGUCACUGCCAAUUACCCUUCAUCCUCUUGGAAAUUAAAACUGAUUUUUCCCUGCAUCAUAAUUCCUGGCAUGGAACCAGCCGCCCAUGAGAUUCUGACUUUUCCAGGUUUCUUCUGAGCUUAUUUGACAUAGGUUGCACCCUUCUUUUGGAUUAUGAAGGGUGAGUUUCACCUAUGGGACACUGUCUUGGUAAGCCUAGGUGUGACAGACACCCCAGCUCUUUUUGAACUAGAAUGCCAUUGGAACUCAUGCAAAGCAGAGUCUAGUACCCACAGUGGAGCUGUCAGCUUUCACUGAGCCCCUCUUUGCAGGGAUAGCAUGAUGUAAUGUUUAAGAGGAAAUAGUAUAUUAUUGCCAGGGAAUCUGGUAGAGUCCUUAAGGCUGUGUCUUUGCAUUGAUGCCAGAAGUACAGAAUGAUUGCUCAUGUUCCAGGGCCACCUUGUGGUGGUGUCAGGGAGAGUGCUGGAAGAAGGAUCUGGUUCAUAGAGUCCUGAUCUGGACUUAUAGGUGAACCAUCAAAGUAGCACUUGAGUGUUAGGUUACUGCCAUCAAACACUUGCGGUGACUCUAUCACAUCCUGGGGAUUGUGGCUGUGGAACUACGCAUUGAGGCCCUUAGCCUGGGAGCUGGCUGGCAUCCUAGUGGGUGUUUGGGACUAUGGGAAAAGGAGGAGUCUCCUGUUUAUUCAGUAGAGUUUUCUCAGUUAUUUUUCCCUCCUUUCUUUGCCCUUCUAAUAUUCAGCAAAGGCUGGGAUCCAGGAAGAAAGACUGAUGUAGAAGCUGGGAAGAACUUAAGAGUAUUUUGGUUCUGGAUAAGGUCACUGCCCUGGGUGCUAGGUGGUCUGAGAAAAAGACUCAGUGAGUAAACUGGUGCAGUGCCUGACAGAAUAAAGCGCAGUAUUAAUCCCUCUGAGAAAACAUAGUCCAGUAGGACAGUGGCCAUCUGGAUGGAAACUCACUUAGUUUCAUGGGAGCAACAGCACAUAUCAGAAGCCAGACUUGCUCUUCGGUCAUGCACUUUGGGACACAGGGUAUAAAAUGUACCCUGAAACACCUCCAGAAGUAGCGGUCUCUGGGCCCAGUCAGUCACCCCACGCUCCAAAGCAGGCAGAAUCUGGUUCAACAUAGCACAAACCCUUAGGAAAAAUGAAAUUACAUCACCAAUGUGUAAUCCCAAUAAAAAUCUCCCUCUUUAGAGUGUGUGUGUAUGUGGGCAUGUGUGUGCCCGUUUAUAUGUGUGUGUCUGUGUGCAACUCACUACCAACAGCCUCAAUUUGCACUUGAUCUUAACAGUGCUCGCUGAGAACUCUCACCAGGUUGGCGCCUGAAUGCCUUACUCUCAGCAGUCAGAGGCGUGCUUGCUCUGUGCAGACUUUUAAUUUUCUUUUUUGGCCCUAAGCUGAUUAGGACCUCUACAGCUUCAUUAUUUCACCAUUAAAUAGUGGCCUUUUAAAGUAUUUCCCCCCUCCCCCUUUAUAAAUUGCUGAAGCCACAAAGCACAUUUUUGGGGAACAUAGAAGGUUGGGGUUGCAGAAAAGCAUCUGUGUGAUGGUUCCAUUCAUGUGCGAUUUCCCUACUUGCUGUAUUCUCAAUUUCUUCUAAUAAAAAGAACCAAAUGAAA